AUGGCUUCGCAGAAAAGCCGCAAGAAUGUCCUCCUUUUGACUUGCUCUCGCACACGGUCGAACCUCGUCUUUCGCUGGAUCUGCACCAGCCCAGACGUCCACGCAAUCCGGUACCCAUUCGUCGCAUCGAGGAGAUACGGCAAGACCGAGAACAGUCUGCUCUACCAUCUUCGCCACAACGAAGCGCGGCAUGAGGAACUCGUCAACUUCCACUGUGGCGAUGACACUCCCGAGGACUCCCUCGCUGCUCUGCGCAAAGACCUGCGUGCCGCCGCCGACGAGGGCAAAAUCGCUGUCAUGGUCGAUCAAUGGGAACACAUCGUCAGGCUGCAGCACGGUCUGGAGAUCCUCCGCGCAGAGCACUGCGUCCUGCCCCCGAAUCCCACACACCUCCCAGACGACAUCCUCACCUCCACGACAACCAUCAUCCUCAUCCGCCACCCGGCCGCCGUGGUCGACUCCAUCUGCCGCAUGGCCCUCGGGCUCUCGCGCAAAUACAGCCCGGACGGCGAAGACUUCCGGCUGUUCGGCUUGGUCCGCGCUCAUCGUCUCCUGUUCGAUAGUUUCUCUUCUCAGCACAUGCAGCCGAUCGUCGUCGAUAGCUGGGACGUCGUCACGGAUACCACCCGGGUUCAAGCAGUGCUCGAAGAGAGACUUGGAACUCAGGGCAUGACGGACGUGUGGGAGCCGAGGACGCAGGAGGAAUUGGCGAGUUUCCAUCCUAUGACGCUUGCGGCUACGAGGGUUGCGAAUGAGAGUUCGGGCAUUAAGAGACCGGAGAGUACUGUGACUUCGGAGGGAGACAGCAAGAAUUUUUUCUUGGAGUGGCAGGAGAAGUAUGGGGACAAGGUUGCGAAACAGUUGCAGGGGUUCGUUGACAGAAAUCUGCCGGACUACGAGUAUUUGAGGCAGUUUAGAAUAUAA